ACAGUGUUGGUUAACUCUUUUUGGGAAUCACGUGCUUAUUAAAAAGCAAACGCAUUGUUUGGUGAAUCAAUUAGACACAAUUUAACGAGGAGAAAAGCAUUUUAUUAAGCUAAAUAACAAACAAAUUCACAACGAAAAUAGUUAAGAUUUAGCUGAAAGAAUGCAGAAGAAGGACAACAACAAAUCAAAAGUUUCUGGUUCCCAGGAGUUUGUCAUUGAAAAGAUCUUAGAUCAGCGUCUUCGCAAUGAUAAGGUUGAAUAUUAUAUAAAAUGGAAAGACCACUGCGAGUCGAAAAACUCUUGGAAGGAGUUGGACCCAUUAGUCUUCGCCAAUGUGAUCGAACAAUUUCAGGUGAAACGCAACAAAAAGGCUUCUAAGAAAGCUGCAAAGAAUUCCAAGGUUCCGAAUUCAGGUGGCAAAACCUCUUUGGCUUCGCAGCCUUCCAAUGGCAAUGGCUUUCAGCGUGGACUUAAAGCCAUAGAAAUUUGUGGCGUCAACCAUUUUUCAACUGGUCUCACAUUCCUGAUACGGUUUGAUGAUGAUGGGGAACCGGAACUGAUCCCAGCAAAAGUGGCUAAUAUAAAAAUACCUCAAAUGGUCAUACAAUAUUACGAGUCCCGGAUCUCUUGGGAUUCGGAUGGUGAUAAUUCUGAGUAAAAAAACACUUUUAAAUAACUUAAAAUAUAACUUUUUGAAAGAACGUCCUUAAUUUUGAAACUAAUAAUCACUAAUCAAUGAAACUUAAAGAUUUAUUUUAUUUAUGCCUUGGUUUGUCAUUUAUUGCAAAAAUUGAGACGAUUUUGCAUGAGAAUUU